CGUUAUCUUAUAAUUGCAGAAGUCAUAGAAAGUCGUAGUCUCAACCAUGACAGAACUAGCAUUACAGUUAUUUUUCUUACAAAGCAAGUAGUCGUGUAAAUUUGAGCAAUUUCCUACAUUCUGUAGGCCUAAUAUUGUUGGCAAAAACAACAACAACAAAAAAUAUAAUAUUUUAAAAUUAGCUGUAUUUUGGCAUAUGUGACCCUGCUGGACCACAAAACCAGUCACACAGGUCAUUUUUUAUUUGUAAAAUAAAUAGGCUUUUCGUUUUUUGUUAGGACAGGACAAUAUAUCUCGCUGAGAUCUGAGAAUCUGGAAUCUGAGGCUGCAAACAAAUAUCAAAAUAUUAGGAAAUCAUCUUUAAAGUUGUCCGAAUGACGUUCUUGGUGGUGGGUGUGCUUGCGUUUGGGGGACAGGACCAGAAAGGACGGGGGCUGGUCUCAUUAGGAUGGUUUGUAAUUACACUCUUCUUUGUUUAGAGAUCCUUUGACAAGAGCUGAUCUUCCUGCUUUAAAAGUUUACUGUCAGUCUGGUUUGUCUCCCGCUGCCCACUGUCUUUGAACGUCUCCACUGAAGAGCACCGACCAGGCAACCUCUGCUGCAAUCAUGUUCAAUUAUUAAUGGCAAAGACAGUGAAUUUUCAUUGAUAUAAGCUUUUAGUUAUAAAGAGCACAGAUCAUACGCUCAUAUAUUGUUUGCAUCAUUUGGAGGACAAGGCAUUAGCUUAAAAAGUGGCUUAAUCCAAAAAGAGAAGAUCAUCUGGUGAUAUUAGAAGUUGCAACACUUAUGGAAAUUCCAGUGACUUGUGCCUUGGUCUUCCUGCUGGUUUUUGAUGGGGGCUGCGGUUUAGACACCUCCAAGGGUGAUGCGGGUCAGAAAAGGCCAUCUCGAGCGACAGAGAACAAGCCGAGCCGCUGUUCCUACACUUUCAUCGUACCUCAGCAGAAGUUAACGGGGGCGCUUUGCGUGAGCACCGAGACGGCUCGUGUCAACCGCUCUGAGAUGGCGUCCCUGCGCGCGCUGCUGGACCGCCAGCAGGAACAGCUGGACACAAUGCGUGGGCAGCUGGAGCAGGAGGGCGCGCUGGCCAAUGAGAUGCGAGUUCUGCGAAGGGAGAGCGUCAACAUGAACGCCCGCAUCACCCAACUCUACGCUCAACUGCUGAAUGAGAUCAUCCAGAAAAAGGAUCAGGCUUUGGAGCAACGGAGGCUCGAGGGUUUGGUGUUUAAUGCAACGGCCCAGGUGCUUCAGGUGUCCAGCAGUUACAGAGACCUGGAAAAGAAGUAUGACGCACUUACUUCUCUAGUGAGCAACCAGAGCCAAUUAAUCACGCAUCUAGAGAAACAGUGUCAGCUCAAGAACCCCACUAAAGAACCGCAGGAAACCACAUCACUUCCGGUUCAACAGUCAAGUGAGUUUGUGGAUGAGAACACAGAGCACGAAGGAGUGGCCAGAAAUAUCCAAAGAGACCAAAGUGUCCCUUUGCACCAGGAACAGAGCCCUCCGGAACUGCUGGAGACCUUGGAUGGCUUGCCCACUCUGCCAACAGACAUACCUUUCACCAGUUACCCUGUGACUAAAUCUCCAGGGCCGUGGGAUGACUGUCAUCAUGUGCUGGAGUCAGGGGAGAAGACCAGCGGUAUCUACCUGCUGCGACCACGCAAUACUAACAAACUUCUGCAGGCCUGGUGUGACCAGAGCAGAGCUCAGGGUGGCUGGACCGUUAUCCAGAGGAGACAGGAUGGCUCUGUCAACUUCUUCAGGACCUGGGAACAGUACAAGCAUGGCUUUGGCAAUCUGGAUGGAGAAUACUGGCUGGGGUUGGAGUACCUGUACUGGCUCACCUCUCAGGCCACCUACAAGCUGCGAGUAGCCAUGGAAGACUGGCAAGGACGACAGGCGUUUGCGGAGUACGACAGCUUUCGGGUGGAAGCGGAGAGUGACUGGUAUCGGCUACGGUUGGGCAGUUAUCAAGGCAACGCAGGAGACUCCCUCUCAUGGCACAAUAAUAAAGCGUUCACCACUCUAGACCGCGACAAGGACGCUUAUUCAGGUAACUGUGCUCAUUACCAGAAGGGUGGCUGGUGGUACCACAUGUGUGCCCACUCCAACUUGAAUGGGGUGUGGUAUAGAGGAGGCCAUUACAGAAGUCGAUACCAGGAUGGUGUUUACUGGGCAGAGCUCCACGGAGGCUCGUACUCCCUAAAGAAAGUGGCCAUGAUGAUCAAACCUGCUUAACAUCCACAGAAACAAAUCAGAAGACCACCCAGAGAGUUGAGAGUACUUAAACUGAGUGCCACAUUUUGCCGCCAUUUCUAUGCAAAUAUGUGACAAUGAGCACUAAAUGGUUUCGUCCAGCUUCAGGUUAUUUUAUUAGAGAUCUAGUCUUGAAGUUUUAUUAAUACUGUCGGAACAAAGACAUGAUUUGAAUAUUUUUAUUCAGAUGCAAUAUUGUAAUUUUACAAUAGUUUUGAUAUAUUUUCCAUUUGAUUGUAUUUUGUUUCUCAACCGUCAAAUAAAAAAGUGGUAUUUUGGAAAA